GCAUCGAUACUGAGUGCCGACCGCGGACAAUAGGAUUCGUUAAAGUGAAAAUGCCGCUGGCGUUGCAGUUGCAGCUUGUGGCUCUAGCCACGCCUCCGCCCCACUAAAGGUCUCGGGUCCCUGACAGGCAGUCAGUGGCGGAGGCGUAAAGAGGCAAACGUGACAAAAAUGGCCGCUAGCCGAGUCAAUGCAACGGCAACAACAGCAACAACCACAACGGGCACCGGGAGAGCGUUGAUGAACCAUCUGCUGAACCGUUCGGCGGAUGGGAACCGCAGCGAUGUAGGACUGGGGGAGGGUGCCGUCGGGAACGGAGCCAUCCCGACGUCAACGGCUGGUUACCAACUGCCGCUGUAUGAGGACGAGACGCAAACGGCAGCGGAGGCAGAGGCAGAGGCAGAUGCAGAUGCCGGCUACGCCCUAAUCGACGACAUCAGCGACUGGCUGCUGAGCUCCUCGGCCAGUGCCGAGAAUGCCACUGCAACCGCAACGUCCAUGUCCAUUUCCACGACAGCGAAAUUGGGUUUGGGCACGGACACAGCCACCUCGAGCACCAACGAUACCCUGGGUUGGCUGAGCCUCGAUCUGGGCGAGACGCUGAAUGGCACACUGCCCGGUCGGGCCAACUCCAGCUUGGUGGACGCGGCGGAGGCGGAGACGGAGGCGGAGGCGCCCGGUGACGGCCUCUAUGCGCUGCGCAACUUUGUGGAACAGCAGCUGGGUGGCGUCGGGGAGGCCGGCACGGGGGCCGGGGAGGAAGCACUGGACAUUGCACUGAUCGACAGCGGGGAGGAGGCGGCCCUGGACAAUGUGGCCGAUGCCGAAACGGAUUAUGGUCUGUUGGGCGGCUUCGGGGAUGUCGAGCUGCUGCAGCGAACGGCCACAUUGGCCAAGGCGACGCUGAGGAAUCGCACGAACGGUGGAGGAGGAGCAGUGGCAACAGCU